AUGUGUAAGUCCCGCAUGGAUUACCUGAGCACGGUCGUGUUCCCGCGGGCCGCGGCCGACGGGGCAUUCGGGCCCGGCGCCGAGUACGUGUCGUUCCGCGCGGACGACUGCGGCGGACAGAUUUUGGACGACUACCAGUUCGCGUCCGACAUCGUUUUCGGCACUGUCACGUUGACCGGGUCCGAGUGGCCGGCGGGCGGCGUGCCCGUGGUGGUCAAGAUGAAGAACGCGGACGCCCGCAUGGCGGCCAUGAUGAACAUGCACGAAAAGUUCUACAACGAGCACGUGUUCUACACACGUCUGCUGCCCGUGCUGGCCUCGAGCUCUGCCGAUCCGGCUGCCGUGUUCGCGCUGUUCCCGCGGUUCCUGUACUCGAACGUGACGCUGGACGGCGGCACGGAUGGUGGACAGCAGCAGGUGAUCGUCCUGGCCAACCUGGCGCCCGCCGGUUAUCGUGCGAACAACCAGAAGGUGUUCCUGGACGUCGGACACGUUCUGCUGGCGCUCCGCAAGUUGGGCGCCCUGCACGGGCUGUCGUACAACGCCAAGGCCUCGGACAGCAGCCGCGAGGGGCCGUCGUUCGCUGACCUCUGCACCGGGUCUUUAGUCGAGACCCAGUGGUUCAACGGACACUGGUACAUGAGUCCGCGUUUCUUAUCAGGAACCGGUAACCGGGGUGUGAACGCUUUGCGCGACUUGGACACGGACGGCAAGUACGCGGCACCACUGGCCCAGGUGCAGGCCACGCUGAGCGGCGAGAGCGAGACGAUGAAAGCGCUGCUGCGGCCCGCCGAGCCGCUGGCCGUGUUGUGCCACGGCGACUUUUGCCGCAACAACCUGCUGUACCUGUACGACGAGGCCACCGGGCGGCCCGUGGACGUGGCCGUGAUCGACCCGGCGCAGGCGCGGUACGCGUCCCCGGCCAUCGACCUGUCGUUCUUCCUGUACAUGAACACGUCGGACGCCGAUCGGGUCGCGAACUGGGACGUGUACGUGGCCGCCUACCUGGACGGCGUCGCAGACGUGACGCCCGCCGGCCGGGCCGUGCCGCUGACCGCCGCCGACGUGCACGCCGAGAUGCGCGCGCACGGCCUGUACGGUUACGCGCACUGUUCGUUCUUCCUGCCGGCCAUGGUGAACGCCGUACCGCCCGACGUGGAGCGGCUGACCAAGAGCACAUCGGAAGAGCGCAUCCAGCUCAUCAACGAGUCGGGAGGACAGGAGGCGGACAGGCUGCUCGCGUCCAUCUUGCGACACAUGGCCGACCGCGGGUACGUCUGA